GCGAGCGCUUUAACCGGUGGGCCAAGGUAAGGUAACGUCGUGUGUCCUUAGGCAAGAAACUUAACGGUAAUUGCUCCACCACACUGGUCACUGCUAAGUUUUUCAACGUGCCAGCUUUACAGAAAACGAACAGUCACUCACGAAGUUAUAUAUACGUUGUACCUCGUAAGCAGGCACGGCCUUUUUUUAACUUAGACACUGAUAUUAUAACUUCUGAAGAUGCCCCGCUAUUGAAACAUAAAUAAGCAAUAUUCCCUUACAUAACAUGGCAUGCAUUGUUAUGACCGCAAGUGAUUUUCUUCCUACUUUGACUCAUUCUUAACCUUGUGAUGUUUGCAAUAAAUUCGCGCGACUGUUAGCACAACUAAUGCCCGAAGGUAAAAAUGUCGUGAUGAAUUAUUUUGCUAUUUUUCUCAGACGUUUUACCGUUCAGUGUAAGCAGCAUGUAUAUCAAGUGUUGUAUAAAUUGGGCUGUAGUACUGGAAAAGUGUGUGCUAGCUAAUUUAAAAAUCGGCUUGCGUUAUAAAAGGUGACCGUAACAGAGUAUAAGUCCGCGGAUCAAAAACCAUUCCUUUUGAAUAACCUUAAGUGGCAAACAAAUUUGGACUAUUGGUAAAAAGAUAAGCUACAAAAAAGGGAAAUAAUAGUUAUCAGAAUAAUUGGAUUGUCAUUUUAUUACAAAUUCUUUAUUUGACCAUAUUCAAAGUUACUCAUAGUUGUUUUACAAAGUGAGCAACAACAGGUUCUCGUGGACUUUUCUGUGAACAGUAUGACACGUUUACGUAGUAGUCAGAAUGACUCAUAAAACUUUAACAGCGGUGCCAAUAAUAUAUAAAUAAAACAAACUACCGAGUUUAAUUUAAUUUUAAUAGAAUUGGAACGUAGUAUAAAUCAUAAGGAAUACGAAUAGUUAUUUUGUCUCUGCUAGAGUGGAAAAAGUCAGAAUAGUAUUCCACUUUCGCUAUAAUACGAUUAAAACAUGAGUACGCAGUUGAUAAACGAUGUGAUUAAAACGGCAUACCCUCAACUAAAGUGUACGCGAUGUGAAAUUUUGCAUUGCAAAUGCAGCAUUAUACAUGCAGUCGAGCACGAUGUUAAGAAAUGCAUUACCUAAGAUUCAAGAGUCAGCUCAAAAUAGAUAGAGGCGCUGAGAGGCGCUGGUAGCGCAAGUGUAAGUUGGUGCCAGGCGGCGCUAACUCAUUGCCCACAGCCGGAAACUUUACGUGCGUUGUGAUUUAAAUAGUUUUGCACCGCGAUGUACCUUUAUUUGUUGAAAAUUUUUAUAUAAAGCUCUGCGCGACAUAAUCAACCCAAGUUAAACGGAAUAUAGAGUGUUAUUUAGAAUUUUGAAGUCAAAUAACCGUUUAAUACCGUAAUAUCACUAUAGGGAUAUAGUUUUAUAGAUACAAGCUUACCGAGAAUGAGAUUGGCUGUGCUUUUAUGCGUUAUAGCUGUAGUAACAGUUGUGGAAGGACAGACUAACAUCGGCAAAAACUGCAAUGUCUAUCCACGAAGAGAAUGUGGACAACAAAUAAGCACGAGAGCAGUCUGCAACAGUUUUCCUCUGUGUUGCUUCGACCCCAUACACACUCCCAACUGCUACAGAGCUCAAGUCGCUCAUAGUUUAGCAUCAGUCCUUCAAGCUCAGAUUCUGAACACAGUAAGACAAGUUCCACGCCCUUUGAACCUGAACCCAUUACUGGUCGGUGUACAGAGUCCCGUGAUAAGUCAAGACGUUCGUAACUCGCUUCAAAGUUACAUCACAAAUCUUGGAAUACCAGCUGCUCUUACGUCAUCACCCCAAUGUCCAGUAAACGUCCCAAUUUGUUACAGAACUAAAUGUGGAUCAACCGUCGACUCCGAAACCAACCCAGUUUCUUGCAUGCAAGACCCGAAGUGUUGCUUCGACAAUGAUCUGCUCGUAUAUCGACAGUUGUUUGGUCCUGUUUACAUGCAAGGCGCACCAACCUGUUACCAUGGGCCCACUGCGUCAAAAUAUUUGCAACUUGCAAACUCGAUUCGGCCCUGGAACCCUUACUACCAAGGAUACAUCAUAAACUCAUUCAGAGCGGUUAACAUCAACUUAAACACAGUGUGCCAAGCUUCUAGUCUUAUAAACUUUGCCUUUCUUGCGCAACCCAUAUGCGGCUGGCCGGGUAUAACGAAGCUGGAAUGCGAACUUAAGGGUUGUUGCUUUACCGCAUUAAACAACAAAUGUACAUACCCUACUUUUGGACAGCAGUUUGUUUCUACAACAUAUCCAGAACUAAAGGCGGAAACAGUAGAAGAAACCCAAUGUCCGAGCAGCUUGUCGUUGAGGACAGUAGCAAGCCCACAACAGUACAGGAGGCUACCAUGUAUGAUCUCGACUUCACUUAACGACACAUCCCACCUCAUAGCUUGCCCAAGAGAUAGAUGUUGCUCUGAUUUAAGCAGCCUCAUCCCGAGCGUGCCUUUGCAAUUAGGGCUCAACUUCGGAGGCUCGAUGUGUCCUUUCCACUACACGGCGGUUCCAGGCCUUCCUGAUCUCUCGAGUAAGGUUCGAGGCUGCUGCCAGAUUCAUUCCUGCUUUCACCGUAAACGGAUGCAACAACCUACGCAGCAGGCCAUACCAUUAGCUCAGCCUGUUGCCCAACAAACAGGGUUCCCGCAACAGCAGCAGCCACAAGUACAACAAAGCGUAUUCCCACAGCAACAACAACAACCUCAAGUGCAACAAAGCGUGUUUGGAGCUAAUCAGGUCAACAAUCCUCCGCCUACAACGACAACUGUCGCCUCUACAUUCCGUUCGACUGAAUCUGUUCGUAUCGACUGGCCCACAGUUUGGCAUGAUUGGUCACAAUGGUCACGGUGUUCCAGAACUUGUGAUGACGGAAGUCAAACAAGAGAUCGAAGAUGUUAUUAUACCGACAACACGAACACUGAGGCCCCUCCAAGUAAUUGUCCUGGUUCACACGAACAAACCAGACGAUGUAGUAUAACCCCAUGUUCCCGUGGAUCGUGGAUGGCUUGGCAGGAUUGGGAGCCGUGUUCAGAAACCUGUGGGGCUGGAAGACAAUAUAAAAUACGAAGUUGCUUUGAUGGUAACCAAAUAUCUAAUACUUGUCAAGGGGAAGGCAGAAUGUCAAGGUCGUGUAUGGGGAGUUGUCAUUCUUGGUCAGAGUGGGGAGUGUAUCUUAGCUGUACUGCUGUAUGUGGUGGUGGAAGUGGAAUUCAAACAAGGUACAGAACUUGUGAGGGGAAUGGGAAUACUGUGGCAUCGGUUAAUUGCGCUGGGCAGCAUUACUCCACUCGUCCAUGCUCAGCGUCUAACUGUGUACGAGUUACUGAAUGGGGAUCCUGGAGUCAAUGUUCAGUGACAUGCGGAGGUGGUACUCGAUCCAGGCGUCGUCAAUGUUUCCGAGAUAACGUCCAAGUCUUUGGUAACUGCCCACAAGCAGUAACUCAAAACCAGCCAGGUUGUUCAAGCUCAAGCUGCCAGCAAUCUGACCCUCGUAUUGCGUGGUCGAGUUGGACCCAGUGGAGCGCUUGCUCUGCAACUUGUGCAAACGGUGUCAGUUUCCGCACUCGCUCAUGUCGUUACCGAUCAAGCACCGAGCUUUCGGCCAAUAUUUGCAUUGACAUUUAUAAUGGAACGUCUGGUAGCGAAGACAGAGUAUGCCAGAGUGGACCAUGCCCGGCUAUCGUGACGUAUUCCUGGACAAUAUGGGCAUCAUACCGACCAUGUCCUUGUGGGUCAUCUAGCCAAACAAAACGUCGAUACUGCGUUGGUUCAGAUGGACGGAUACACACCAAUGGAUGCCCGGGCAAUUCAACAAGUUCCCGUGCUUGCCAAGGACCUCCAUGUAUGACGUGGGCACCUUGGAGUAACUGGGACGCUUGUUCCAAAACAUGCGGACGCGGAAUGCAAGUUCGUGUUAGAUGCAAGAGAACUGACACCGUUAACUGCAUCGCAACCACGGUAGAAUUUGGAGAGAAAAACUGCACAAUACGAGAAUGUUGAUGUUUCUGCUACGCAAAAAACCGUCUUAUAACUUAUGCUUUAAAGCUGGCUUACACUAAAAUUUACAAUGUGCCAGUGCAUGCAUGGUCGACUAUAUAUAUUAUGUCACAGCCGGCCGUCAAGGAUACCUCUCAAAAACAAAGGCAGCAGCAGCGCCGGUACUUAUAUACACUAUACACUUCUACGCCUCAACCCGGUCUCUCAGAGCCGACCAACGCGUCGGUAUCCCGCAGAAAUAUUUAGUAGGCUAUGGUGUAAAUAUUAAGUUGUACAUAAAGAUGCAUCUGUACUGACGUUACUGAAAACGAAGAAAUAAAAAACAACAUAUUGUUG